UAACUUGUGUUGCUUUCUCAGACCUAAAUACAUCAUCCUUUCUAGUGAGUGAUAUACAUACGAAAGCAAGAGAGAUCAUCAUAUGAUCUAAUCAUGCUCUUUCCCCCUUUAUACCACAUAUAAUAACUACACAAGUUGCCGUUUUUAGUCUACUAAAUGACCAUAAGCAUCUUUAUCUUAACAAAGAUAAGAUAAACUAACCAGAGAAGAUGAGCAAACAUGUCAUCUCUUAAGUCAUAGAUAUUAACCAAGUUUGUGAAAAACCUUGUCAUUCACCACUCAGAGACAAGAACUAAAAAUCUCUAGUAGACUAAGACAACUAAAAUCAACUAAUACAUUUAACAACCACUGAUAUCGAUUAGGGUUUCCACUCACCACAUCGUUCUCCUUUUAAGAAUAUGUCUCAUCCAAGUUGACGGUGACGCAGCGGCGAAGAAGACUCUCUACGGCGAUGUUGCGACGGAGCAUCCGCCAUGUACGAAUAGCGACCGGCAUCAAACUAUUAAACGGUGCCGUUUGUCACCGAAGACUAAAAGUUCAUUUUAAAUUGCAUAUUAACCCUUACAUUUUACCUUUAUUUUCGAUAAACAUCCUAAUUAUUUCUCUUUUUUCUGAAGCCCAAAUAGGCCCAAACUGAAUUUUAGCUAUCUUCUUAAAUUGCACAUUAGCUCUUACAUUUACCUUUAAUUUCGAUAAAACAUCCUAAAUAUUUCGUUUUUUAUGAAGCCCAAAUAGGCCCAUAGUUUAUGAAAGGCCCAAAAUGAGUUUAGCGAUCUUCUUUUAAGAGUCUUUCUUGUCUCUCUCGCCGAAUUUUUCUCUAUUUGACUGUUGUUAGGGUUUUAGCUUCUUCUCUAGUCGUUGUUUGUUUCUCUUUUCGGAAAUAAAAAAUGGCGGGAAUUUCUAGGGUUUUGGGAGGGUUCAGGACACUGAUGUCGAAGGCGGCGACUGUUGAGGCCGUUACUGUAGCCGGAGAAGGAAAAGGGAUAUUCAAGACUCGUCCGGUGUCACAGCAGCUAGCUAGCUUCGCCGGAGAAAGGGAACUCACUCGUGGUUCCGCUCUGAAGAAAGUUUGGGAGUAUGUGAAGCUUCACAAUCUCCAGAAUCCGGCGAACAAGAAGGAGAUUCACUGCGAUGAUAAGUUGAAGACGAUUUUCGAUGGCAAAGACAAAGUCGGAAUCACAGAGAUCAUGAAGCUCCUCUCACCACAUUUCCCUAAAUCCGUCUGAUUUGGUGAUGUUUAUCUAACGUAGUUGUAUCUAUCUAAGAAGAAAUGGUUUGGCUUUUGUGGUUCAUUUCGGGUUGUAUAUGAAACUCUAAACCCGUUUGAACUUUGGUAUGUUAACAAACCAAAACAAUAACUCUCUUUUGAUCCAUCUACCGGAGAAUAUUAUGUAGUUUGACCAUUUUAUCUUAAUAUUGUUUGAUUUUGUGAAA